UUCUACUUGAGCCUGCAGUGCACGUCCGCUGAAUUACGCGCGUGUUUUGACAAAAUGGAUGCCGAAAGAGAGUCAAAAAGACUCUGUGUUGAAAAAAUUGAAUGCCAAAAAGCCUUAGACGACUYAAUCUCUGAACAAGAUGACGACCGAGAGUUUAAAGACAUCAAAAUGGAUGAAGGAGACAGCGAUAAUGACUCCGUCGUUAGCAGUUCWAACUYGACAAGCUCAACGACAACCUCGUCAACGAUGAAAAGAAACUUUGCACGCGGMAAGCGAAGAAAGAAGAAGAAGGCAGUUGCGUUUAGAUGCUCGAAUUUUCUGAAGGUAGUAGCAUUUAUCAAGCUAACUUACAUCAAUCUACUAGCAAUUAUAGGAACAAUUUUACAAUUUGUCAAACUUGGAAAACUUGAUAAAUUACCUUAUGUAAAAGCAAUCUCCAAAGAAGAAAUUUCAAUUACUGAUUAUCAUGAGAUGGCUACAGCGUUAAGUAAUGUAGGAUCGGUGUUGAACAAACUUGGACGACUUAAUGAAUCGAAAGAAUGUUUUGAAAUAGCACUAUCAACUAAAGAAAGUGCCGGUGGUAGUCAAGCCAGUGUAGCUAUGACGCAUUACAAUUUGGGAACAUUGUUUUACAAACUGGAAAAACCUUAUGAAGCACUAGAGUGUUUCAAAGAAGCGCUGAGAAUUGAGCGAAGCAGUUUGGGCAGUAAUCAUCCUAAGGUGGCUAUAACGAUAGAUAAUUUACGAUUAGUGUUGACGCACCUUGAAAAGCGUAACGAAGCCAAUCAUCCUACAGCGGCUAGGGCUUAUUCUUUCUUAGGAGGAGCCUUGAAAGAACAGCGAAAACUCAAUGAAGCCAAAGAAUAUUUCGAAAAAGCAUUAGCAAUCGAAGCGAACGAACCAUCUCACUGGCAUAAUUUAGGAGUACUUUUUGCUGAAAUGGAGAAUUAUCAGAAAGCUAAAGAGUAUAUCGGCAAAGCCAUUCAAAUCAACGAAGAAAGACACGGCAGUAGCCAUCUGAAUAUAGCUAACAGUUUAAAAGCUCUGGCAGUACUCUCGGAAUGUAUCGGCAAACUUCAUGAAGCUAAAGGCUUCUACGAAAGAGAACUCGCAAUUAAAGAGAUCGCUUACGGCAGCAAUCAUCCCAUGUUGGUUGAAACGUUAUAUAAGUUAGAAUCGCUUUUAAAGCAUCAAGGAAAACCGGAUGAAGCCAGAGAGUUUCGCGAAAGAGCUUUGUUCAUCCAUUUAUUCAUUGUUCUUUCCCAGCAUUAUGUUGGCCAUGGAGGAGCGAUAAAUGACCUUAAAUUCCACCCUCUUGACCCUCAUCUUCUACUCUCAGGGAGCAAAGAUCAUAGUCUUCGGUUAUGGAAUGUCAAAACAGAUGCUCUUAUUGCUAUAUUUGGUGGUGUCGAUGGACACAGAGAUGAAGUUCUUAGUGUCGACUUUGAUAUUCUUGGAACUAAACUCAUCUCGUGUGGCAUGGAUCAUUCAUUAAAAAUGUGGAAUUUAGAGACUGAUACAAUAAAAGAGGCUUGUAAUAGUUCUUAUUCAUAUGAUGCCAACACUGCAAAAAAACCAUUCAAAACUGCUCAUAUCCACUACCCAAACUUCACCACAAGAGAUAUUCACAGAAAUUAUGUCGAUUGUGUUCGAUGGCURGGUGAUCUUGUCUUAUCAAAGUCAUGUGAAAACUGUGUUGUGUGUUGGAAGCCAGACACCAAACUUGAAGAAAUUCUGCAAAAGACUGGAAAUAGUGACCAUGGUGUUGAAGUGCUCCACAGGUUUGAUUUCCAUCAAUGUGACAUUUGGUACAUGAGAUUCUCGUUGGAUUAUGAGCAAAGGUUAAUGGCAGCUGGAAAUCAAGCAGGAAAGGUGUUUGUAUGGGACAUUGGCUUUGAGGAUCCCAGUAAAGCCAGAUGCUCUACAUUGACUCACAACAAAUGCACAGCAGCGAUACGGCAAACAGCUUUCAGUUUUGAUGGCAAGAUUCUCGUUUGUGUCUGUGAUGACGGUACAGUGUGGCGCUGGGACAGACUACGAUAGCCAAACAAUCCAUUUUGAGGUCACAAACUGAGUCUGUAACAUGCUUAACAGUAGGGAAUAGAUGCUAAAAUAAAGCAGACGCCUUUCUAAAUGCUCUAUUUGCUAAGAGGCACUGUGAAUUAGCAGUAAUAAGUGGUACUGUAUUUGUUUUAAGGGUUAAGUGGUGUACUUCACUGUAAACAUUGUAAAAAAUAUUGUAGAAAGGAUUUCUGUGCACAGGGAUCCCAAACAUUUUUCAAGGUAAAUAAUAAAUAAACAGUUUCAAUAGAAA